AUGAAAACCUUGCAAAAGUGUUUCGAUUCUGUUGGUUUUUCAGGACCUUUUAAAUUGGGUCUCUUAGAUUCUAAACAUAUUCUUAUUCACUUUGUUAGAGAAGAUGAUUAUCAUCGCUGUUGGCUUCGACAGACUUGGUAUUUUUUGGGAUUCUCAAUGCGGGUCUCUAAAUGGACCCCAAACUUUCGCCCUAAUAUGGAUUGCCCAAUAAUUCCUAUUUGGAUUACUCUUGAGGGGCUUCCCAUUCAUUUCUUUAAGAAGGAAGCUUUGUUUCCUAUAGCUAAUCUUAUUGGGAAUCCUUUAAAGGGUUUUUUCCAGUACAUUCUAUAUGAAAACUUGCCGGAUUAUUGUUUGUCAUGCUGUAGGUUGGGGCAUAAAACACAAUCUUGUAUUUCGGUGCAUAAUCAUCCAGAGGACAUCAUAAAGGUCGAUGAGGCUCAGGUUAAACCACCAGCAAAAAUUUGGGUUCCUAAAGGAAAAAUCAAUGUUGAGUCUAAUCCUGCAGAAAAUGAACUGAAACAUGCUGCAGUAGAUACAACCGAGGGUAAUAUUGUGGACAAUAAAGCUGGUUCUCAGAUUGCAUCCCCAUUACUUGUUGCGGGAAUUAAUUCAUUGGCUUCUGUUCAUAAUGAUCUUAUUGUCAUCUCUGAUACUUUGAACACCUCUAUGAAUUAUCGGACUGGUUUGACGAAUGAAGCUCCUUUGCCUUCUAGCUCUGAGAUUGACUCUUUAAUUGCAGCGGGGAAAAUGAUUGCUGAUUCUAUAGAGACACUUUCUGAUCAUGCCGACUACACUUCGGAGGUUGAGUUGACUGCGUAUCAAUCGGAUAACAAUUUGCCCAUCAGGUUUGAGAACCAUAGCUGUGAAGAGUGGCAGGAGAUUAGCAAUAAUUUAACUAAGAGGAUUAACUUGCUAACUAUUCCAACAAAUUCAGAGAGACCCAUAGAAGCGGGCUUCACCAUUGUCCGUAAGAAGAAAUCUAAACAGAAAAAGCUUCCAUCAUCUGUUGGUCUUCGACGAUCAACUCGCACUUCAACUGUCCCAAAAAAGUUUUCUCAAUGA